AUGAAGUGUUUCUCGUUAAAAGUGCUUUCCUUUGCGUUCUCUAUCGAAUUAAUGUUUAUAGGCUAUGGUGUUGGAGAAAAACUAAAGGCCGAUCCGAUCGAAGACACCUCACACAAUCAUGACCUUUCCCGGGGCGGUAUGCGUGGUCCUGCAACGUUCCCAUCGAUUGAUACCGACACGGCCGAGCCUAGAGUUACGGAGGAAUCACUCACAGCCUACGAGCUGCAGCGACAGCAAUUACUAGAACAUCCCGAUCGCUUCAGGGAAGAGGAUCUGAAACCGCUGCGCGAAACACACAUCAACGUUCUGCACGAAGCGAUCGAUGCGAAACUGAUCGAUCAGAGUUUCAUCCGCACGUUGGGAGCCGUUUCGGAACCACCCAAGGUACACGACGCCACCCGGGAUACACUUUCGAUACGGUCCAUCGUCGAAGAUGUGAACUUUACGCACGGUGAUCGGGUUCUGCGCUGGAAAACCAUGAGCGCGACCAAUGUCGAUCGGCACGUUGUCGUGGGUUUAACAGCGGCCAGUCUGGUGGUGCUGCUGGAGCGAGAAGGACAGUACGUGCUUAGUCAGGAACUGAUGCUUGAAUCCGUACCGAUGGCCUUCGAGGUGCUUAAUUUCUGGGACACAGAGCGUGCUUCAGCGGUCGGAUGUGUGCUGAUAUCGAUGGGUAAUUUCCUCGUAUGGUACACAAUGCGUGAACAGGCGGAAUACCAGCUGGAAGAAGAAUGGCGUUGGCCGCUACACAAGACUAUUACGCAAAUUAAGUUCUUCCGCCAAAAGGAGGUGGAUGCACUGCUGCUAAUAGGACGCCACCCGAACCGGUACGAAUCCGUAUCGGCGACCGUGUACGAAUUUUCUUUUAACGAACGUCAGUUCUGGUUAAUGCAGAAGCUUGGCUUGAAGCAUCCUUGCCCAUCGGUAGGACUUGUGUCCGCAGGGGAAGAGUAUUUGGUAGCGUUUCCCCAAAAUACUACGGUGGAAAUGUAUACGUUUCGAGUGGGUGAUCAAAAUCGGCGGAAGUUUAAGCCCGUGGGUAACUACACUUCGGAAGCGCUUCGAUCGGUGUACGCAUUUCAAAUCGGACGCUAUUCGUACAUUGCAAUCAGUGGUAAAACGCCGGCCGUUUUGCGAUACAAGCGGGGCAAGUUUCACGAGCAAAAGAUCCCCACAGAGUCUCUUGAAAUAGUGGAAGCCUUUUUUGAGAUACCGGCCAGAACGUACCGUGACGAUAUGAUACUGCUGGUACAGCAUCGCAUGAUAUUUGCGACACACGAAAUUCAACGAUUGGAAGCGCUCGUAUGGAAUGGGGUAUCGUUUGACCUGGCCACCAACAUACCGUGCUUGGUCGAGAACGAGGUGAUUGACAAUGAGGUCAGCUGCAUGUUGGACGUAGAUCGAACGGACGGUUUGUUCGGUGCCGCGAUUGUGCAGCGUGGAAAAUCCAUCUCUAUCAUUGUGCCUCGCCAUGAGGCACAUUCGAGCCUGUACCAUUUAUCGAUCGAACUGCUCUCGGGUGAGCAUCCGAUUUUGAUGAAAAUUCAAGAAAUUAAGGAAACGAUGGACGCAUUUACGAAAAUUAUCGACUACCAGAAUGCGGUUAUUGAGCAAGCCGAAUCGUACAAAGCGUUGAUGGAGAGUGACCCUGUAGUACUAAAGCGACAAAACCUUAGCACGUUGGACACUCCUUUGGUGAGGUUUGCAGAGGGGUACGAUCUAUCCGCAACAAAGAUAACCAUUGGUCAAAAUAGCUGGCGAGCUGCCGAUUUUGAAGCGGACCUAGGCGCUACCGUUAAGACGGUACAAGAUGUAGAACUGAGCGUUGAUGCAAUGCUGAGCGAAUUGCAGUACAGUGUACGGCGCGAUACUCGAUCGCAAGAUCUUCAUAUCAACGGUACGGUGCAGGUGACGGGAAAAUUGUACGUGGAUGGCGCGUUGCACGCAGACGAUAUGUACAUCCAGAGAUUCGAACACCCCCGAGCGGACCAUUUCGCUCGAUUUGGCCGUGAUGUGGAUGAUAAAACAUCAGCUGCAAAAGAACUGCACGUGAAAGAGCUGAGUGUAGAGCAGCUUUUUUUCGACCAGAUCAACGGUAUCCCUGCUGAAGAGUUGGUGUAUAACGUUGACGGCAAGGUGAAUCUCGAUGGGGAAUUGGUCAUCGGUGGUGAUCUCUACACGAACAGUGUGAACCUGCCCGAAGGUGGAACGGUCAAUGGAAUCGAUUUAAGCGAAUCCUUGAUCUAUUUCAACUGUAAGAACAGGCGUUGGAAAAACCUAACCCUAGAUUCGCUGGAAGUUAUCGAUGAUGUUCACGUUGCGAACAAAGUCAAUGGAGUUCAAAUAAAUCUACAGGAAGCUGAAAGCUCGUUGCGCAAAGCAAUCGAUGAGGAUGGACGUGUAUUACGCACCAAGUCUUUGCACAUUGAAGGUGACCUUAGCUUCGAACGUAUCAAUGGAGUUCCCUGGCAAACGUUUUUCAAUGGGCUUGUUUUUAAGAACCGGCCAAUGCGACUGGGACAUCUGUACGUUGAAGGGAAUGUAACACUCGCUAGUCAAACAACUGUACAGUUCUUAAACAAAUUACGCUUUCCGGAGGAUUAUGUGUUGCGAACGGGACCGCGAGAAACGAUCAUAACAGGCCAGAAGCAUUUUACAGGAUUGCUAACAAUGGAUGCACUUGAUAUCGAUGGUUUCGUGAAUGGUAUCAAUCCGUUUGAUUUCAUCACGCUACACGACGAUCAGUACAUCCCUGGUAAGGUGACUUUCGAUUUGUUAGAAAUUGAAGAAUCGCUCGAUGUUCGAGGUGCCGUGCACGGCAAACAUAUGGAUAAGUUUCUCGAUAAUCCAUCUAUGUUGCAAACCACGAUCCUAAAAGCGGCCUGUGAAUUUAACGAGGUAGUUGUCCACGGACCUAUUUACGUCGAUCAGCUGGAUGGAUACGAUUUGGAUGAGUUCUUACAGAGCGUUGUGUACGUCGACGAACCGUACGUUGAAAUUAACGCAUCGAAACACUAUCGCAACCUGCAGUUUUAUGAUCCGAUCCGGAUAGAAUCGAACAUGAUUGGGGAGAUACAUCUGGAUGAGCUACUGACCAAGAGCACGGAUCAGACGGUCAACAUAAGCAUGGUGAUGGGCAACGUGUUUUUCAACCGUGUACAGCUCGACGGACUGUUCGGUGGCAUUAAUGUGACGGAAUGGGACACGAACUCGAUCAAAGUGUUCGGUGAUCAACACACGCAAGCGACAAUAGAGUUCUGCCCUCAGUAUUCUUUGCUGUACGCAAAGAACCUGGAGAUACUGGGAACGCUUAAUGGUCAAACGCGUGCUGAGUUCUACGAUAUGGAUGAAGAAAUCGUCUUUCACGAUCAGUCCUUAUACAUAAGGGACGUUUAUGCAAGUUAUCUAUCGCUGACAACAGGCAGUUUGAUCGAUGGUCCUUCGAAGAUGUUAAACAACGUGCAUCUACCAACGUUUGAUGCGUACAGGUUCAGUUUAAGCCAACCGCAGACGUUUAAUUAUGACGUGCUUGUUGACACUCUGUAUGUGAGCAAAUCGUUUGCUACACGCUAUCUGAAUGAAGUGGACAUUGUGCAUUUGCAGGAAAAUGUGGAAACUUAUCUAAACGAUGAUUACAUGCUUAGUGGUAAGCAUGUGAUCGAUACACUGCAUAUUGAUGGUAGUGUGGAAAUCGGAAUACUGAAUGGAGUUGAUUUUGCACAGUUUCUGAGUAACGUUAUAUGGCUGGACCAAACGAACGCUGUACCAAGCACAUUACACUUCCUGCAACCGUUACAAAUUCAGGGUGAUGUGUUCGUGGGUGGAACAUUGAAUGAGAUCCCAUUAACAGCAUUUUUGGACAACGUUGUUUACAAGAAUGAUGGUGCAGUAGUGGAGUUUACUGGAUCAAAGCUUUUCACCCAAGGAUUCGAUGUGGUGGGUGAUCUUAACGCACCUAUAAUUAAUAACGUACCAGUGAAAGAUUGCAUACUUAAAAAUGAAUCCAUCGCAUUCCCUGGACAUAUCGUGACGCUCGGUAGAGUGUACGUUAAAGAAAUGAUCGUGACGGGAACCAUCAACGGAAAAUCAUUUAAACCUAUCGAAACGUACUAUGCAUACAACAAUGUAACCGACACACAUAUCAUUAAGGGCGAUCUACAUCUGCAAGGACAUCAGAUGGUCCACAAUCUUGAAGCGCUCGGUGGUUGGAAUGAGUUAAUGAAUGUGAGCCAAAAGCUUGUGUCGCUCGUUCGUACGAACCAGGAUUAUUACUUCAAGGGUCACUAUGUGCUGCAGGAGGAAGUACAUUUCAAACACGGAUUUACGGUCGAUUCCAUCAACGGGUACAAUAUGACGAAUGUACAUAACGAAAUCGUGUACUACGAUCAGGAAGAACCGAUCGUUUUCACCGAGCCGGUAGAAUUUAGCGGUAAAGUGUGGGGAGGAUCGUUACGUGUCCAAGGGGAUUUGAUCGGCAAAAACUUGAUGGGAAUCGAUCCAGACGAACUUGCUAAACAAACUUUACUAGUGAAUAAGGAUUACGAAAUCGUCGAUAAGAUGGUAUUUCUUCCGGGAGCCUUCAAAUGUGAUCAUCUCAUGGCCACGCAUAUCAACGGUUUGCCGACGAGCGCAUUGAUUACACUGCACACGGAACAGACCAUCGAACAUCCAGUUUUCGUGAAGCAAAUCGUUGUCCACCAUCCUCUGCUGGUGGAAGGUCUUGUCAACGGUCGGGAUCUGCGCUUUGAACGUCAGAAUACAGUCAUGCGUUACGGUGAGCAAACGAUCGAAGCUUCGUCUGUAUUCAACACGAUACGUGUGCUGAACAACGUCGUACUGCCAAACGUGCUAAAUGGCGUUCCGUUUGGUGAACCGGUGCAACUGACCGACGACAUGACUAUCUCGUCUCCGUUGAGCUUUUACCAAAUCGCUGCCAACGAUGUGUACACCAGGGAUACGAUCGGCGGGAUAGAUUUCGAUCAAUGGUACGAUCAAACGCUCUGGACGGAUGGACGCGAACAUCAGAUGUAUCGGGGUAAGCUUCGAUCGCGUAAAUUCGUUUUCCGCGACUCCAUCCACGGUAACGGCACAAUCAAUGGAUUAACUAUUGACGCCAUUGUGCGAAAAUUGCAUUCGGAGAAACAGAUUGUCGAGGGUGAGCUAGCGAAACGGCGCGCAAACUAUCGUACUUCUUGCCGCGAAACACAAGCACUCAUCAAUGGAACGCAGCGAGGUCUCUAUUUCUUUAACUAUUUCGUGCAACGGCAAACAAUCCGCGAACAGCGCCCUAUCCAAUCGUUCUGGACGUUCCAGCACCAGGGAAUUUAUUUCCUCGGAAUUAACUACGGCUGUGGUAGUAAGUUUUACCAAUGGAAUCCACAGGACAGAACGUUUGUCGGUUUGUUUAAAGUGCAUACGGGAUACAUUUUCGAGUGGCAUACGGUUGCCCGGGAUGAGGAGAGUCUCUACCUGAUAACACGGUCGGCGCCGACCGAUGAGCAUUGUAACGUGACGGGUUUAUCGAUAUGGCAAUUUAAGGGAUUAUCAUUAGAGAUGGUCAAGAACUUCCCAAAUAAGGAUGUCGACAGUAUGUUCGUGGAUCCUGCUACAUUCGAACGAUUCUACAUCUUGGAUCGAACGACCGUUCUUGAGUACGACCUCACGGGUAACGUGCAGGAUGAAUGGGAUCUAUCGCGUAUCUUUGAGUCAGCUAGCUUUGUACCGUAUACGCUCGGUGUUGGGCUGGCUUUAUCCGACGGUAAACGGAUCGCAAUUCUCUCCCGGAAAGAAAGUACCGCAGCUUCCCGCCAAAAACGAUCAAACAAUGAUCCGCACGUGAACCUGGCCUUAUUCGCUUCCCCCAUUAACAUGUAUAAUCAUAUGCAGCGGAACAAUUCGUACUACCGGACAGACGAUACACCCGACGAAUACUCACCAGACGUGGCAUUACUUACCCAACCGGAUCCGCUGAAUGAGAUUGGAGCGAUGCAGGAAAGCAACGACACCGUCAUUAAAAUUCGCGAAUUGGCAACGGAUCUAGUCGAACCGCAACAUCUUCCCGAACCACGGAUAGCAAAAGCGGUACCGCUAGGACGCAUCAGCACUACAGAAAAUUAUCACUUCCCGGAUCCUGCCACCGGUGAGCUGGUUAGUCUGCACGUUGGCUUUAAGGGCGAAGCGAGACGUUUGCUCAUCGCCGUCACGAACACGGUGAAUACGAUCGUCAAGGGUAAACACGACACUAUCCGCAUCUAUAGCGACAUACUGCAAGGUCAUCUGUUCCAGAUCAUUUCCUGCUAUCGGCCGUCACAGCUAACGGUGCUGGAAGUAAGGGAUGAAACGAUACUGGCAUUUUUGGAAAACCAUCGAAAAGUACAGCUGUAUACGUACCGUGGCAGGAAAGGGUUCGUUCAAUGGAACAGCUUUAAUCUAGCGUCGUCCGGCAUUCAGAUGGCAAGUGUGCAGUUACCGCAGGCACCGUUUUUCAAGUGUAAUCUGCACUAUCUGGCCAUUGCGCUGAGCAGCAAGGAGCUGAUGUUCCUCAAAGCCAAGACGCAGGGUGAUUGUGGGAUCAAUCUGCAACUGGAUUGUGGAGACGUCUAG